UAAAUCUCACCAUAUCUUGAGCAGAUCAAGUUCAUUUUCCUAUACAUCUCAUCUUCUUCAAGUUGAAGGUCCUAAUAAAGCUUGAACAUUAAUUAUGAGUGGAUCUGUAGUGGGUCAAUCUGUGCAAGAACUGUUCUUGGGGUCAGAGGAAUUACCAGAACAGUAUAUUUACAAAGAUGGUGAAGUCGGUGCUCUUGUUCUUCCAUUACAACAGAUUCCAAUCAUUGAUAUUGCUCUUCUGCUAUCUCCUUCACUGCAGCAACACCAGCAAGGGUUGAACAAUCUUCGCUCAGCACUCACUACAUGGGGUUGCUUCCAGGCAAUAAACCAUGGGAUGACAAGUUGGUUUCUGGGAAAAGUGAGGGAAGUGUCAAAGCAGUUCUUUGAACUUCCAAAGGAAGAAAAGCAAAAAUAUGAGAGACAAGAAGGUGAUCAUGAAGGAUAUGGAAGUGACAUAAUAUUCACAGAAGACCAAAGGCUUGAUUGGACUGAUCGUGUUUACCUUAAAGUGCAACCUGAGCACCAGAGAAAAUUUAAAGUUUGGCCCCAACUUCCCCAUGAUUUCAGGGAUGUGCUGAUAGAUUAUACAGAGAAGGUAAAGCAGCUGAAUGAAGUGAUUCUGAAGGCCAUGGCUAAGUCACUGAACUUGGAAGAGAAUAGCUUCUUGAAGCAAUGUGGAGAAACAAACAUGUUUGCAAGAUUCAAUUACUAUCCUCCAUGCAAGAGACCUGAAUUCGUGUUGGGGCUAAAGCCUCAUGCAGAUGGAUCCGCCAUCACUUUCCUGUUGCAGCAUCACGAGGUUGAAGGUCUUCAAAUCCUCCGAGACAACAAUUGGUUUAAAGUUCCUAUCAUCCCUGAGGCUCUUCUUGUUAACGUUGGUGAUCAAAUUGAGAUAAUGAGCAAUGGAAUAUUCAAGAGCCCCGUACACAGAGCAGUGAUAAACUCAGAUAAAGAGAGGCUCACAUUGGCUAUGUUCUGCGCUCCUGAUGUAGAAGCAGAGAUUGAACCGGUUAAAGAACUAAUAGAUGAGUCAAGGCCAAAGUUAUACAAAUCAAUAAAAAACUAUGUUCAGACCUAUUUCCAAUACUACCAGAAAAAUAGAAGAGCCAUUGAUGCUGUAAAGAUUAAAACUUAGACUGUUGCUUGGCAUGUAGAAGGAGGGAAAUUAUUUUUAUUGUGUUUACCAGAUGAUAGGGUGGUUUCUUUGAAGGAGUUUCCUAUAUCUGUGGCGAAAAACUUUGAAAGAAUGGUAAUGAGGGCCUUCAGAGGAGAAAAAAUAGCAAUGACAGGUGAAAAUAACUAAAAGUUUAUCUUUACACAAUUAGAGGUUCAUCGACUCAUAUAUAUAUAUAUAUAUAUUAACCUUCA